AUGGUUGUCGCCACUAUUAAGAUUGGCGAUGAGCCAUAUACACUGGGACUUUUCGAUACCGCUGGACAAGAGGAUUAUGAUCGCCUCCGCCCUCUUUCAUACCCCCAGACCGAUGUCUUCUUGGUUUGCUUCUCCGUGACCUCCCCCGCCUCCUUCGAGAACGUCCGCGAAAAGUGGUUCCCCGAGGUCCACCACCAUUGCCCGGGUGUCCCUUGCCUCAUCGUCGGCACCCAAACCGAUCUUCGCGACGAUGCCACCGUCCGCGAAAAACUGGCCCGUCAAAAGAUGCAGCCGAUUCGCAAAGAAGACGGAGAUCGCAUGGCUAAGGAGCUAGGAGCCGUAAAGUACGUCGAAUGCUCUGCUUUGACCCAGUACAAGCUAAAGGAUGUCUUCGAUGAGGCAAUUGUCGCCGCUCUUGAGCCUGCUCCUAAGAAAAAAUCGAAGUGUCUCGUGCUGUAA